AUGGAUCAUGAACAUGGUAUGGGGGCUACUGAAGGCUCUUGCAGCAAUAAAUAUGAACAAGAAAUGGCUCAACUUCGAGCGGUGGUGAAUAGACAGGCUGAACAAAUUGAGAAGUUGUUAGCAGAACAACGACAAAGGCAAGCACUAACACCACCUACUGAAACUCCAACACCUCCACAAGCUCCACCUGCAGUGCACCCCAUGGAACCAUUAUAUGAACGGUUCCGAAAACAACGCCCACCAGUAUUUGAAGGUAGCACUGACCCACUUGACGCACAAGACUGGAAGAGUUCUUUAGAAGACAUCUUUGAGUUCAUGCAACUAAGUGACAGGGAAAAAGUUUCUUGUGCUGCACAUACACUUAAAAAGGAUGUUAAGAUCUGGUGGGAAGUGGUUAAGCAGACUAGAGAAGUGAAUCAGAUGACUUGGGCAGAAUUUGAACUGGUCUUCAAUGAGAAGUUUUAUAAUGAAGCUGUGUUGACUGCCAAAGUAAGUGAGUUCACUAGAUUGCAACAGGGGAAUCUAUCAGUGGCUGAGUACGCCAGGACAUUUGACCGGUUAGCCAAGUUUGCACCAGACUUGGUUAACACUGAAACUAGUAGAGUGAAUCGCUUCCUGGAGGGUCUACAACCAGAAUUGGCUAGAGAUGUAGAUAUGGGACCUAAAGCUGUUACUAGCAUGCCUCGUAGAGACACUCCAUUCAACAAAGAACAAAGCCGCUUUCACAAUGACAACAAAAGAGGGGCCCAGAAUUUCCAAUUUAGACAAGGACAGAAUAAGAAAUUUAAAGGAGGUCAGCAAAACAGGCAACCUGGAUUCCAACAAAUGCCACGAUGUCAAACUUGUGGAAAGAAUCAUUUCGGGGAGUGCGGGCUUCUAACUAAGAGCUGCUUCAAAUGUGGCAAGGGGGAUCAUUUUAUCAAAGAUUGUCCAUUGAUGAAGAACCAACAAAUAAAGGAUGAACCUCAGAGGACAAAUGCUAGGGUGUUCACGAUUACUCAGGCUGAUGCUGAUACCAACAACUCUGUUGUGUCAGGUGAUAUUUUUGCAUCUGGUAUUCUCACUCAUGCAUUAAUAGAUUCAGGUGCCACGCAUUCAUUUGCAUCAUUGACAUAUGUAAAAAGGUUGGGUAGAUCGUGUGAAAAAUUGUCAGAAGUUUUUAGUACAAUGUUACCAUCUGGAGAGAUUCUAAGGAAAACAGUGAUAUUUAAGCCUUCAGAGGAAGAUGAGUUUAUGUUUACUGGAGCGACAUCAAAAAGUUGCAUUCCAUUAAUUUCUGCUAUGAAGGCCAGGCGACUGUUGGAAAGUGGAUGUGUGGGUUAUCUCGCCAGUGUGGUUGACACGUAUAAGGAACAAAAGUUAAAACCGGAAGAUGUACCGGUAGUUAGAGAUUUCUUAGAAGUAUUUCUAGAAGAUUUACCGGGAUUGCCUCCAGACAGAGAAAUUGAAUUUGUGAUUGAGCUACUUCCUGGUACAGCCCCUGUGUCCAAAGCACCUUAUAGAAUGGCACCAGCAGAACUAAAGGAAUUAAAGAUACAGUUGCAAGAACUCCUGGAUAAAAAGUUUAUCAGGCCUAGUUUUUCACCAUGGGGAGCUCCGGUGCUAUUUGUGAAGAAAAAGGAUGGGACGAUGCGAAUGUGUAUUGAUUAUAGAGAAUUGAACAAGUUGACAAUCAAGAAUAAGUAUCCACUUCCUAGAAUUGAUGAUCUUUUUGAUCAAUUACAAGGAAGAGGAGUGUUUUCAAAGAUUGAUUUGAGAUCUGGGUAUCAUCAAUUAAAGAUUAGAGAAGAGGAUGUACCAAAGACCGCAUUUCGAACUCGGUAUGGCCAUUAUGAGUUCCUUGUGAUGCCAUUUGGAUUAACUAAUGCUCCAGCCGCAUUCAUGGACUUGAUGAACAGGGUGUUUAAGGACUACCUUGAUAAGUUUGUAAUAGUGUUUAUUGAUGAUAUCUUGGUGUAUUCUCGAUCCCAAGAAGAACAUGAGGAACAUUUGAGGUUGACGUUGGAGAAAUUAAAAGAAAAACAACUCUAUGCCAAAUUUAAGAAAUGUGAAUUU